GGCCACGCUACUGGGUAUACCCGCACAGGUCCAUGGACUGGUGGAAAAACUGUGUGUUGGCCCAGUGGGAAGACAGCCGGUGGGUGCGAAAUUUUAGGAUGUCCCGCAGGACCUUCAUGUGGCUUGUUGACAUCCUGAAGCCACACCUGUUCCACCAGGACACACAGAUGCGUCAUGCGUGGCCAGUGGAUCUAAGAGUCGCCAUGUCUCUCUGGUAUCUGGCUAACAAGAACUCAUUCCGGGAGGUGCAGGAGCAGUUCGGGGUUGGGCUGACUACUGUUGCUGACGCGGUCCACGAGUUCUGCAUGGUAGUGGAGGAGGUCCUGGUUCCCAGGUUGGUCAAACUGACAGACCCAAUGGAGCAGAUCAUGCUGGGGUUCGCUGAAAUUGGAUUCCCUCAGUGUGUUGGCGCUGUCGAUGGCUGCCACAUCCCCAUUCAGAAUCCAGCUGACUCGAAUGGGGAAUACAUUAACAGAAAAAAGUUCGCAUCAAUCGUCCUCAUGGCCAUCUGCGACCACAGAGGACGUUUCUAUGCUGCAGAGGCUGGAGAAUCUGGAAAAAGCCAUGACGCCUACAUCUUCAACGGGUGCCACUUCACCCACGCCAUUGAUCGUGGGGCCUUCUUUCCAGCAACUCCAUCUCUGGUUGUGGAUGGGGUAGCUGUCCCCCCCUUGGUCCUUGGUGAUGGGGCCUUUCCCAUGCGUAAGUGGCUGGUGACGUCGUACAAGCCAGUCCACAAUGCAAGAGAAAGGCAGUUUAAUCGAAGGUUGUCACGGGCGAGAUGCACAAUAGAGCGUGCCUUUGGCCGACUGAAGGCACGGUGGAGGUGCCUCCUUUCCCCAUUACAAAUAAAACUGGACAGUGUGUCUACACUUGUUGGGGCCUGCGUUGUGCUCCACAACAUUUGUGAGACCCGUGGGCACAGAGCACCAGAACUUGAGGAGAGGCCUCCUCCACUCCUCACAGAAAUGGAAUGCCAGCAGGACAUUGUAGUUGGACACGAGGGGGGAAGGGGGUAUGACCCCAGAGCUGACAGCAACCUGGAAGAGGGGAAAGAGGUCAGGGAUGCUCUGGCAAGGUACAUGUGCGGCUAGGAGCA